UCCUCCCUCCCCUCAGGCCAGUGAGUAGUUUGGUCACUUAACACUGACUCUCUCACACACUCACCCACAAAGGUUUCGGGGAGGAGGGGACAACGUGAAUGACCUUGCAAAGGUAUCUAGCUCACUGGGGACAGGAUUAACAAACCCAAACCUCUGCAAAUAUAUAUUGCAUUCCCCCUGCAUUCCUCCCAAAGUUGUUAGCUCCUCUCGCGCCUGCCUCGCCCAGUCCUCUUUGGGCUCGCUCCGCCAUACAAAGCCCAACCCUCCCAUCUCUUCUUCAUAAAGCCGGAGAACUUCAGUCCCCAUGUUGAAGCUUGUCGGUGGCGGUGGCGGGCAGUACUGGGCAUGCUCAGUAACGGGGACAGGUCUGGGAGGCGAAGGAGCUGUGUUUGAAGUCGCGCGAGUGGGGGAUCCGGGGAAGGCGGGCUGCGUGGGCCCCGCCUGGGGGUGCGUGGGGAUCCCCGAUUCCGCGCCAGGAGCGGGCAUGCUCCAGGCCGGCGCGGCGGGGCCGGCGCGCGGGGGGCAGGGCGCGGAGGAGGAGGGGGAGCCGGCGGGAGGAGGGGAGGAGCGCCAGCCUCGCCAUCCCCCGGCGCCGGCUCUGCGGCUGCUGAAUCGGAAGCCGCGAGGAAGAUCCGGGGAAAUAAAGACGACCGAGAAUGACCUCCAGCGAGGCCGCCUGAGCCGGGGCCCGCGCUCCGCCCCACCAGCCCUUGGCAUGGGCGACCACGGCGGGCUGCCGGAGCGCUCGGACCCGCACGCUCCGGGCAGUCCCGCCGUCGCCGGCGCUGUAGCCGUGAAUGGGCUGCUGCACAACGGCUUCCACCCAACGCCGGUCCAGCUGCCGCGCCUCUGCGGUCGGGGCCCCGCAGGCGUUGGGGACGCGGGGCCCCCGCGCCUCCCGCUCCAGCCCGAGCUCCAGCCACAGCCGCCGCCCCCUCAGCACGACUCCCCGGCCAAGAAAUGCCGGCUGCGGAGGAGGAUGGACUCGGGAAGGAAGAACAGGCCGCCAUUCCCGUGGUUCGGCAUGGAUAUUGGCGGGACGCUGGUUAAGUUGGUCUACUUUGAACCGAAGGAUAUUACAGCUGAAGAGGAGCAAGAGGAAGUGGAAAACCUGAAGAGCAUCAGGAAGUAUUUGACUUCUAACACUGCUUACGGCAAAACCGGGAUCCGAGACGUCCACCUGGAACUGAAAAACUUGACCAUGUGUGGGCGGAAGGGGAACCUGCACUUCAUCCGCUUUCCCAGCUGCGCGAUGCACAGGUUCAUCCAGAUGGGCAGCGAGAAGAACUUCUCCAGCCUGCACACCACGCUCUGUGCCACGGGAGGCGGCGCCUUCAAGUUCGAAGAGGACUUCAGAACGAUUGCUGACCUGCAGCUCCACAAGCUGGAUGAACUGGACUGUCUGAUUCAGGGCCUGCUUUACGUUGACUCCGUGGGCUUCAACGGCAAGCCGGAAUGUUACUAUUUUGAGAACCCCACAAAUCCCGAAUUGUGUCAAAAAAAGCCGUACUGCCUCGAUAACCCAUACCCUAUGUUGCUGGUGAACAUGGGCUCAGGUGUCAGCAUCCUAGCCGUGUACUCCAAGGACAACUAUAAAAGAGUUACAGGGACCAGUCUUGGAGGUGGAACAUUCCUAGGCCUAUGUUGCUUGCUGACUGGUUGUGAGACCUUUGAAGAAGCUCUGGAAAUGGCAGCUAAAGGCGACAGCACCAAUGUUGAUAAGCUGGUGAAGGACAUUUACGGAGGAGACUAUGAGCGAUUUGGCCUUCAAGGAUCUGCGGUAGCAUCAAGCUUUGGCAACAUGAUGAGUAAGGAAAAGCGAGAUUCCAUCAGCAAGGAAGACCUCGCCCGAGCCACCCUGGUCACCAUCACCAACAACAUCGGUUCCAUUGCUCGGAUGUGUGCAUUGAAUGAGAAUAUUGACAGAGUUGUGUUUGUUGGGAAUUUUCUCAGAAUCAAUAUGGUCUCCAUGAAGCUGCUAGCAUAUGCCAUGGAUUUUUGGUCCAAAGGACAGCUAAAAGCUCUGUUUUUGGAACAUGAGGGUUAUUUUGGAGCUGUUGGGGCACUGCUGGAACUGUUCAAAAUGUCUGAUGACCAGUAGAGACGAGCCAUGGAUGGAACAGCCUUCUGUGCGAACAGGGAACUGAGCUCUGCUGCUGGAGAGGGUGAAAGCCACUGUGGGAUGGAAGCCAAGCCAUUAUGGAAGAUGAACCUGCUGGAUUUGUAAAUACUUUAAAAUCCUUCUAGCUGAUCUUUUACUCUUGGAUUUUGAGCUUAUGAUUCAAAUUGGGGAAUAUAAGAAUUUUUUUCUGUAUACUGCAUUUAAAAAAAAAUUCGUGCAGUGUAGCCAAACCUACCAAUUUUAUGCAUUGACUUUGAAAAAUUGUAUGGUGUUUAAGAAGGACCUGAAAUGUAAGUGCUGUUUAUUUUUCUUCUGGGGUUUACUGAUCAGUGUGGUAAUUUUAACUUCAUUUAGUAAUUACUCUAGGAGAUUUUACCUUUACUUAUAUUUUUCAUGACGUUUCAUGAUUUGCUGUUGGUUUCAAAUGAAACUACAAAUCUGGCAUGUUUUACUGUGAACACUAUUUUGUUUGUUCGUUGACCUGUUUUUUUUUUUUGUUUCUUUUUUUUUGGUCUUUUUUUUUCUGUUUGAAUGUCUUAUGGAAAAAGAAUCCUUCCCCGUUUCUGUCCUCGGAUGACUCCCUGUGCCCCUCCAUAUCAUUCUUUAAUGUAAUUGUUCAUUUUUAAUCAAGGUGCUGACCAACUCAAGACAAAGUAAAGCAUGAGAUCUAAAGCUCGCAAAAGUGCCCUUGAAGAAGAAACUCUGAAAAAGUGUUCAUGAGUUUAGUAAGUCCAGCAAAAGCUGAAAAUUAUAUGCAAUUUUGUCUCAUCCCUUAUGAAUAUACCACGUUGUGUUGGAUUUAUUUUAUAUUAGGUUAUAUUAAAUUGAAAUGUUCAAUGAUGAAAUGUCCUCGUUUGUGCACAGCAUAUGAAUGGCAGCAAAUCCUCGUGCCAGAUGUUGGAAUUUACAGGGGAAAUUCUCCCAGAGGAGUAACUGUUCACAUCAGGAGGUUCAGGAGAAGUCAUGGGUUGAGGUGUCAUGUAGUAAUAAUCUAUGUUUUUUGUAUAUGUACGUACCUAGGAGCUUUGUAACAAGGCAUCUUAAAUAAUAAUAAAGGUUUUUUAUUUGAAAUAUUUUAAGCUGAAAACUAUUUCAAUCCCACUUUCUAAAAUUAAAAAACAAUUGUGAUACUGAUCUCUUUUUUUUUUUUUCUGUUUGGGUAACUUUCAAAUGAGAAUCUUGUACCAAUGUUGAAACACAUGAAAUCUAAUGAUUAGGAACUAAUUAAUCUUUUGAAUUGAGCAUAUUGUUGAAAGGGAUUUUUGAAGGGCAGUAUAAUUGCUCCAUAAUGAAACUUUCCUUCUCUGCCUUCUGGGCACCAUCUUUGAUUUCCAUAUCUUCAGGUCUUGAAGAAGUUGUCGUUAAUUGAAGUAUUCACUUGUCUGGUUGAAAUAAAGCCUGUUUCUGUUGUGA